AAAGAAGUUUCCUUCCUUCCUCACCAUUUGGUCCCCAGAUCUUAUUAUCACUCCAAUUCAUUUCUCAAUCAAGCUAAACCCUAAAUCUAGCUCCCAACAAAAAAAAAAUCAAUUCCUCAAAUCAACCCGUAAUCGCCGUAGCCCAAAACGCGAAAAAUCGCCUCGAUAGGCUCUUGAUUUUGAGGAAGACACUUGAAUGGAUAAUAACAAUUGGAGGCCUUCUCUUCCAAAUGGAGAUCCUGCCAUGGAAACUGGUGACUGGAGAGCUCAACUUCCACCUGAUUCUCGCCAGAAGAUUGUGAACAAGAUAAUGGAAACACUAAAGAAGCACCUUCCAUAUUCUGGACCAGAAGGGAUAAAUGAGCUCAGGAGGAUUGCUGCCAGAUUCGAGGAGAAAAUUUUCAGCGGCGCUGUUAACCAGACUGAUUACCUUCGGAAAAUAUCCAUGAAGAUGCUGACUAUGGAGACUAAAUCGCAAAAUGCAGCUGGCUCUUCCUCAUCUAUCCCUGCCGCUAAUAAUGGCACAUCUAUGGAUUCAAUGCCUACCAAUCAAGGGAACCUUCUUCCAGGAACGUUACCAAACAAUCAAUCUCAAGCACCUCAGCCGUUGCUGCCCCAAACCAUGCAGAACAAUACAGCCUCUGGAAUGAUGGGUUCUUCUGCUUUACCAUCCUCCAUGCCGCCGGUUUCUUCCAUAACCCAUAAUAAUAACGUCACAAACGUUGUGAACCAGAAUUCCAAUAUGCAAAAUGUAGCCGGAAUGUUGCAAGAUUCAUCUGGGCAACAUGGCCUUUCAUCGAACAACAUGUUUUCUGGAUCCCAAAGGCAGAUGAUGGGCAGGCCGCAUGCUAUGUCUUCACAGCAGCAGCAGCAACAGCAGCCACAGAGUGCACAAUAUCUUUAUCAGCAACAGCUACAGCAGCAACUUCUCAAGCAGAACUUUCAGUCAGGGAAUGUUCCUAAUCCCAGUUCGCUUUUGCCAUCACACAUGCAACAACAGCAGCAACAACAAAAUGUGCUGCAGCCCAAUCAAAUGCAUUCGUCUCAACAGUCUGGUAUUCCAACAUCUGCGACGCAGGCCUCCUCUGUGAGCUCAGCUCCUCUACAGGGUCUGCACACAAAUCAGCAAUCAAGUCCCCGACUACCUGGGCAUCAGACUACGACACAGGCUAUGCUUCGUCAGCAUCAAUCUUCGCUGCUAAGGCAACAUCCGCAAUCACAACAAGCCUCUGGAAUCCAUCAGCAGCAAACCUCAUUGCCGCAGCAGUCAAUUUCUCCUCUACAACAGCAGCAAUCCCAAAUGAUACGGCAACAAGCUGCAAAUAGCUCAGGGAUCCAACAGAAGCAGAUGAUGGGACAGCAUCUUGUUGGGGAUAUGCAACAGCAACAUCAGCAAAGGUUACUGAACCAACAAAAUAAUAUGAUGAACAUGCAACAGCAGCAGACCCAGCAGCAACCGCUGCAGCAGAAGCAACAGCCACCGGCUCAGCAAUUGAUUAAUCAACAAAACAGCCUUCAGGCUACGCAUCAGCAACCGCUGGGCUCUCAAAGCAAUGUUACCGGAUUGCAGCAAAGCAAUGUUACCGGAUUGCAGCAACCACAACAACAGUUGCUCAAUUCCCAAGUUGGCAAUUCGAACUUGCAGGCUAACCAGCAGUCGGUGCACAUGUUACCACAGCCAACGGGGAUGCAACGAACACAUCAGGCUGGCCAUGGCAUGUUUCCUUCUCAGGGCCAACAGUCACAGAAUCAACCAUCCCAACAGCAGAUGAUGCCCCUUCAGUCGCAUCAUCAGUUAGGUUUGCAACAGCAACCUAAUUUGCUACAACAGGAUGUACAACAAAGGCUACAAUCUUCAGGCCAAGUCACAGGUUCCCUGCUUCCACCUCAAAAUGUCGUGGACCACCAGAGACAACUAUAUCAAUCCCAAAGAGCCCUUCCAGAGAUGCCAUCGUCAUCGCUUGACUCGACGGCACAGACGGAAAAUGCAAACGGAGUUGAUUGGCAAGAGGAGGCUUUCCAAAAGAUCAAAACAAUGAAAGAGGCGUACUUACCAGAUCUUAACGAAAUCUACCAGAGAGUUACAGCCAAGUUGCAGCAAGAUUCUCUUCCACAGCAACAAAGAUCAGAGCAGUUUGAGAAAUUGAAACAAUUCAAGACAAUGUUGGAACGAAUGAUACAAUUCCUAUCCGUUUCAAAG